AUGGUGGUCAACAAAGGCACCCUGCCCAUCCUGCACCUGCCACGACCUGGCAGCACUGGACUUAAACCACCCCUCGCACACCAGAAAUCCAACAGUAAAGAGACGGGCAAUUUCCCGCCCACGCGGCAGGUGACGGCGGCCUGCUCGCUUUGCCCCGGGCGGUCGGUAUCAACGCGAUUCACGUUGCUUCCCUGUGUAGUGGGAGCAGGGAGCAGUUUGGGGCGGCCCGCUCACCUGCGUGUGUCUCAGGCUGGCUUAGGCUGCUCAGGGUCUAGGGACUUAGGGCUCCCCAGUUCCUGCGGGCUGACCCCGCACCGGCCUUGUUUCCCGGGGUCACCUGACUGCAGGAAGCAGUGUGAGCCCGACUACUACCUGGACAGGAACGGCCGCUGCACGGCCUGUGUGAGCUGUUCUAGAGACGAUCUUGUGGAGAAGAUGCCAUGCUCAGGGAACUCCUCCCGCGUCUGUGAGUGCCGCACUGGCAUGUUCUGUGCACUACCAGUCACCAACACCUGUGCCCGCUGCAUCCCCCACACCGUGUGCCCUCAAGGGUUGAUUGUCAAGGUCCAGGGCACAGCACAGAGGGAUACUCUGUGUGGGCAGCCUUCCCCGGUGAGCAGCCCCGAGCGCUGCACCAGCCCAGAAGACUGCCAG